GGUUAAGUUAGGUUUGACAGAUGAUGUAAAUAAAAGUAAUAAAAUUGUUCCUAAUAAAAUAUUUGUCAUAACUAUUGUUGUUAUAAGAUAAACAAAAAAUGUUUGAAACAAAUGAAAUAGAGGGAUUAUUUCCUGAAGAUGAAUAUGAAAAUCAUCUAUCUAGCGUCAAUAAAUCUACGUUACAACAACUUCAACUUUCUUUACCCAGUGCCUCUAAUAUAACAACAAAUGUCCUGCUGAACGAUGUUUGGAAAACGAAUCAAGAGUUGAUGACUGCUGAUGCUUUCAAUCAUAUUCUUAGCUCUGCCAAUAAUCUUCUGCAAAAUGCUGAUACGAGUCAAAUGAAAACAUGGAAAAGUAGUUUAAGCAAUUUUGAUCUACAAUCUCUUGUUGAAUGGAGAAUGCCAAAUUGCGAACAAUGCAACUCCAAUUCGAAAGGAGACAUAAACCUUUUUCUGAAGAACAAAUGUAUGUGUAACCUAGGUUUAGUGGAAACUACAGAUAAACCUUCAAAACAAACACACAACACUGACACAAAAAGUAAUUCCUAUUUCGUUAAGAACUUGAAUGUAGACAGUUCGAGUCAGGAGUCAAGGUCUGGGGAUGAACAGAAACAGGUAUUUAAGCCAAGGUUUGGGAGAGUGAAACCUUGUAAAACUGUUGGUCAGCCACAGCCGACAAUGUCCAGUACUCCUAUAGCUGAGGAAGUGGACUUUGAUAAAGAAGAAGAGGAGAACAAAGCACACAAGAGUAAUGUCGCUAAGAUUAUGUUCAAGACUGCUAAAGAAACUCUGCUAGCCUCUAACCCUGCAGCCAAGAGGACAUUGGGAACUUCCAGGAAAGCUCAGGCUAAAUUUGUGUCACCGAUGAUUGGAGCUCAGGAUAAGCAGGAGACUGUGGAGCCUGAAGUGACAGACGAGCGCCUCAAACAUAUUGAUCCUAAAAUGAUUGAGCUAAUUGAAAGUGAAAUUAUUGAUAAAGGAACUCCAAUAGGUUGGGAUGACAUAGCUGGACUACACCUAGCUAAGUCAGUAAUACAGGAAGCAGUGGUGUGGCCUCUGCUUCGCCCUGAUAUUUUUACGGGGUUGAGACGCCCACCUAAAGGAAUCCUCUUAUUUGGACCACCUGGCACUGGGAAGACUUUAAUUGGUAAAUGUGUAGCAGCACAAUGUAACGCAACAUUCUUCAGCAUCUCGGCGUCAUCGCUGACUUCCAAGUGGAUCGGUGAUGGAGAGAAGAUGGUGCGCGCACUCUUCGCCGUCGCCAGGUGUCACCAACCUGCUGUAAUAUUUAUAGACGAGAUAGACUCUCUGCUGACGCAGCGCAGCGACACGGAACAUGAAGCCACCAGGAGGAUCAAAACUGAGUUCUUAGUUCAGUUUGAUGGUGCAGCUACUGGUGAAGAGGAUCGUCUACUGAUAGUGGGAGCCACUAACCGCCCGCAGGAAUUAGACGAGGCAGCGCGCAGGCGACUCGUCAAACGACUUUAUAUACCACUACCUGACGCCGACGCUCGCAAGCAGAUAAUAACGAACCUGUUAGCGAACGAAACCAAUGACCUCACAUCACAGCAUGUUUCCGAAAUUGCGAACUUGACGGAAGGUUACUCCGGCGCAGAUAUGAAGUCACUAUGUUCCGAGGCCGCUAUGGGGCCCAUUCGCUCGGUACCACUAUCUCAAAUCGUCAGCAUUGAUAGGAAUAAGGUGCGACCCGUGUGUAUCCAAGACUUUAUAAAUGCUCUACAAAGGGUAAAGCCCAGCGUGUCUCAAGAUGAUCUCGGACAAUAUGUUAAGUGGAAUAAUACUUAUGGCCAAGGAUUUUAAUAAAAAGGAAUUAAAUAUAA